AUGGCCCGCCUAAAGUCCGUCCGCGCGCCUACAACCGCCAGUCUACCCAGCAACCUCCGCAUCCCCUCCUCCACGCCGUCCCUAGUCAAAGCCUUUGGCAAGCUCACCCGACAAGCACUGCUGGAUCUUGCAUUCCAAUGGCUCGAAGAUCGCAACCUCCAGGCAUUCCCACCAUAUCUCCAAGAAGAUGAAGACGAGAAAGAGGAGGAGGACGAGGGACUGAGUCCCUAUCCUGCGGAGCGCACCGUCAACGAUGUCCGAAACGCAUACCAGGAGUUGCAGCUGCGAAAAGGCGGCAAACGCGAAGUAAUUGAUCGCAUCCUCGAAGGCGACUGGAGACAUGGGAUUACCCUGCGACAACUAGCCAUGGUCGACCUUCGCUACAUCGAUGACCACUCCUCCAGCCUCCGAUGGACCGCACUGGAGCUCUCCCGCAUCGAAAGCCAACAACAGCAACAAUCAGACCCCUCCGACCUCUCCGCAAGUCUCCCGCGUGUCCACGCCUCAACCUUCCUCAGCAAGCUUCAGCAACAGAUUUCCCCGCUAGUAAAAGCGCACUACUACCUCUCCCGCUCGACCUCACUCCCUCUCACCUUCCUCCGCAUCUUCGUCACCAACUCCCCCUACCAACAUCCGCGCCAGGCCGCCGAACUCCUCACCGACGCCUCGCGCGUCAUCUACAUCGCUUUUCCAGAUAGCUGUCCCUACCUAUACACCUCCAUAGCCUCCACCCCGGGCUCCUCCAAAUCCAGCAGCGCAUCCGCAACCCCCACCGCCAUCGCAACCGACCCCCGCAGCCUGCAACGUCUCGUCCGCGACGCCCUCCCCAAGGCCCUCUCUCUCCCCCACCAGCGCUACACUCUCAAAUCCACAUCCCUAACAGCAAAGAGUCUCCAAGCGCUCCUCUCUCUCCGCGGCCCCGGCCGUGCCAACCAAUCCACCGGCGCAUUCAGCAUCUUCGCCGACGCCGCCCUCGAAGGAAGUCCCCUGGACCCUCGACCAUCCAACACCGUCACCCCAGAAGAGCACAUGAACCAUCCAUCGCACCACAAGGAGAACCAACACCCCGAUGACGCAGACACAUCCACUUCUAAACCACCCAAACGAACCAACACCGACCACGAAGACCCACACGUCUCCAAAAAACGCACCUUAACCGUACAAUCACGCUUCGGUACCUCCGCAUCUCUAUCCUCUGCUCCGCUCGACCGUCUCGAUAUCCGUCUCCUCGAUCCCCCAAAUCCCAAAUCAAAAUCCACAGCAUCAACAUCAUCAGCACCAACCCUCUCCCUCACCUUCACCGGCGCAGACGUAAUCAGCGGAUUCCGCAAACUAGCCGAGAACGGCAUUAUCAAUGCAGAAAAAAUGCCUUCGUGGAUGACGGGCGAAGAAGCAGUCAGUGUAGCUGUUGUUCGUCGGGGUCGGCGGGUCGUGAAGGACAGUGGAUGA